AUGCUCAAGAUAUGGUCAAUGAAACAAAAGCAACAGCAGGCUGAAAAUGCCGAAGGGGCCAGUGGGCCAAAGAAAAAGAAAGUCACUGCCGCCCAGUUGCGUGUUCAGCGAGACCUAGCUGAGCUUUCUCUUGGCUCAACGAUGAAGAUGACGUUCCCCAACUCCGACGAUAUCUUGCACUUUAUCCUCACUGUUGAGCCUGACGAAGGCAUGUACAAGGCGGGAACAUUCACCUUCAACUUCACUAUUAACCAAAACUUCCCGCAUGAUCCGCCGAAGGUGAAGUGUAACCAGAAGAUAUACCAUCCCAAUAUCGACCUUGAAGGAAACGUGUGCUUGAACAUUUUGAGAGAGGACUGGAAGCCCGUUCUGAACUUAAACGCAGUGAUUGUGGGGCUGCAGUUCCUUUUCCUUGAGCCCAAUGCUUCCGACCCUCUGAACAAAGAAGCUGCGGAAGACUUACGGCUGAAUAGAGAGCAGUUUAAACGGAAUGUGCGCAAUGCUAUGGCUGGAGGGACGGUCAAGGGAAUUACGUAUGAGCGCGUCAUGAAGUAG